AUGUGUGCCCUGGUGUCAUCCUCGACGUGGGUCAUGUUCGCAACGUACAUGGGCUGGCCCGUCUCAACCACACACUCGAUCAUCGGAGCACUCAUCGGCAUAGGCAUCAGCGGCUACGGCUUCGAUUCUGUUAACUGGGGUUGGGAUGGGAAGGGUGUUGCGCAGAUCGUGACUUCGUGGUUCGUGUCUCCGCUCCUUGCGGGUCUCAUUGCGGCUGUGAUCUAUCUAAUCACACUGUAUGUGGUCAUGAAGAGCAAGAACUCCCUCAAGAGGGGUAUUUGGGCCAUUCCCAUCUAUUUCACCAUAACGACUUUCAUAGUCUCCUUCUAUGUUGUGUCGAAGAAUGGACAGACCACCUUGUCAAUCUCGGCCAAGUCGACGGGUGGUAGCCUUCAAGUCACGGGAAAUGUCGGUCUGGCGUUCGGCAUCAUUGGAGCCAUCACCGGUGCAAUGUUGAUAUUCUGUGUUGGCUUCCUGGUGCCGUACUUCAUCCGCCGGCUGCAGAACGAGGAGUCGCUCAAGUGGUACCACAUCUUCAUCAUCCACUGCACGCCCACGCAGCCUCAAGACCCCAAGAUCGACUUGUGGCUCAAGCGCGCGUUCACGCCGCAUCUGCUGCAGGACGACGAGAAGCGCGAGCUGGGCAUGGAGGUGGAGGACGCCGAGGACGGCACCAAGGACGAGCUGGCAAGGCCGCCGUCGAAGAACCUGGUCGUGCGCGCGUUGAACAAGGUGAAGACGCUGCUGUACCGUUCCAUCUUCAUGGACGUGGCCUCGGUGCAGAAGGACAGCCACGGCGCCGUGCAGGCGCAGGAGGUGGCAGUGGUGUACGACAACAAGACGGAGUACCUCUACUCGCUGCUCCAAGUCGUCACAGCGUCCUUCGCCUCCUUCUCCCACGGCUCCAACGAUGUAGCCAAUGCCCUCGGCCCCCUGGCCGGCGUUUAUCAGAUCUGGAACGACGGCAGCUUCAGCACCACAGCCGAAGUACCCCGGUGGAUGCUCGCGUACUCUGGCAUUGCGAUUGACUUCGGCCUCGCUCUCUGCCCAUCUGAUCCCCCAUCUGAGUCCUAA